AUGUCAAAACCAACCACCAUCCUGGGGGAAGUCCCUAAGAUUGCUAUACCAGAUAUACGAUUCGAACAAACUUUUAAAAAUGCCCUAAGACGUGAGGCCACCAAGAACCAUAAGUUACACGCUACCCAGCAAGGAUCUCAAGAAAAACCAGUUGUCACAGCUGCUAUCGUUUGUAAAGUGGUAUUUCGCGACGUGCUUUUGGUCCCAUUUGUACAAGGCAUAUUGUGGACAGGUUUCUUAAUUGCAUUAAAGCCCUGGUUGCGCCAUAUGGUAUUUCAAGGACGUAAAGUCGGGAAAUUCAUUUACAGGCAGGUGCUCGGUACGGAUCUUAUAAAUAAAGGGGUAUAG